CCCGUGGAUUGCGCAUUCCUCUGCGCAUGUGCGUCCGGAAAAAAUAGGCCGUACGGUUUACUGGCGGUUGUCUGAAGCGGAAUGGCGACGUCUUUGGGAUCCAACACGUACAACCGACAGAACUGGGAGGAUGCGGAUUUCCCAAUUCUGUGUCAGACAUGUUUGGGGGAAAAUCCAUACAUCAGAAUGACCAAAGAGAAAUAUGGCAAGGAGUGCAAGAUUUGUGCCCGUCCGUUUACGGUAUUCCGCUGGUGUCCUGGCGUGCGCAUGCGCUUUAAGAAGACUGAGGUGUGCCAGACUUGUAGCAAACUUAAGAAUGUUUGCCAGACCUGCCUUUUGGACCUGGAAUAUGGCUUGCCAAUUCAGGUGCGCGAUACAGGGAUGUCGCUAAAAGAUGAAAUGCCAAGAUCUGACGUCAAUAAAGAGUACUACACCCAGAAUAUGGAGAGAGAGAUUUCCAAUUCUGAUGGGACUCGUCCAGUUGGUGCAUUGGGCAAAGCCACAUCCAGCAGUGACAUGCUGUUGAAAUUGGCACGUACCACUCCUUACUACAAGCGCAACAGGCCGCACAUUUGCUCUUUCUGGGUGAAAGGAGAGUGCAAGAGAGGAGAGGAAUGUCCAUACAGGCAUGAAAAGCCCACUGAUCCUGAUGACCCUCUAGCCGACCAGAAUAUUAAAGAUCGUUACUAUGGCAUCAAUGACCCUGUGGCAGACAAACUUUUGAAAAGGGCCUCCACUAUGCCUCGUCUAGACACUCCAGAAGACAAGACCAUUACCACCCUUUAUGUGGGAGGUUUGGGAGAUACCAUCACCGAGGCAGAGCUUAGGAAUCACUUCUACCAGUUUGGUGAAAUCAGGACAAUUACGGUAGUUCAGAGACAGCAAUGCGCCUUCAUUCAGUUUGCAACGAGACAAGCGGCAGAGAUGGCAGCAGAGAAGUCAUUCAACAAGUUAAUUGUUAAUGGGCGACGGCUUAAUGUCAAAUGGGGAAGAUCUCAGGCAGCCCGAGGGAAGGAAAGAGAGCGAGAUGGCACCAACGACUCUGGCAUGACACUGGAGCCAGUCCCUGGUCUGCCCGGAGCUUUACCUCCCCCACCAACAGAAGAGGAAUCGUCUGCUAACUAUUUUAACCUCCCUCCUAACGGGUCCGCUGCAUUGGUAAACAUUGCACUGCCGCCUCCUCCUGGCAUGGGGGGUCCACCACCAGGAUAUGGCCCGCAUAUGUUCCCUCCAAUGGCGCCACCACCUUUCCUACGUGCCCCAGGCCACAUCCACUAUCCAUCUCAAGACCCUCAAAGAAUGGGAGCACAUUCAGGCAAACAUACCAGUGGCUGACCGAAACAAAGCCCCAACCCUGGUCAAAUAGAUUAUUCAUUGGCAUAACCUCUGGCAUCAUGAGCCAAGAGACUUUUUCUUUUUUACUGAGCCGCAGUUUGUGGGAAGCCCGUUAUUUGCUAAAGAGCCUUCUGGUAACAAAAAUGAAUGCCAUGGAGGAUAAUGCCUUUUAGAAAAGUGAUGUGGAACAAAACUCAAGAACCAUCUUGAAAGUGUUUUUACUGUUUGUUUUUUUUUAUUUUAAUAACUUAUCAAAACACUGUAAUUUCUGUAUUAUGAUUAAAACCAACACAACCUUGCCAUAGAUCUUAAGAUUCCUUUCUCUGGCACAAGUAAUCUCCUUUUAGAUUGUACUAUACCGUAGGCUACAGAUUGCAGGCAUCCUUUUGUUUUAAGAAUUUUUUUUGUAUAUUUCGGUUGCAGAAACAUUAGCAGAGUAAAAUUUACAGAAUAAUUUACAUACACAUUUUCUAGAGAGAAAAAUUACGGUGGCCAGGAUAUCGACGCUUUAUUAUUUGGAGCAUGGUUUUAUAAAUGGAUUUUAUUUUUCGCCUUACACAUCUUUUGGGAGCUGUCUUACAUUGUUAUAUUGUGGCAAUCUGUUUCAUAUUUCUAUGAAGAAUUACAAGUGUAUGUUAAAUUGGAAAGUGUCUCCUAAACUAAAAAAAAAAGGUGAC